AUGGACAACAUGAAAAUCGACAAAAACAAUUGCAUUCAAUUACUUGAAUUUUAUUUCGACAUUUGUUCAAACGAUAAAGUAGUUGAAUGUUCCAAAUUUAUAGCAUCACAUUUCUUUGAAAUUGAUUCUAAUCAACUUAAAAAUAUUUCUAAAAAACUUGGAAUUGACAUUCUUCAGCAAAUAUUUAGCAGCGAUGAACUUACACUUGAGGAUGAAGAUUCAUUAGCAAAUUUCAUCGUUUCUCUAACACAAGAAAACAAUGAUUUCUAUCAAUUGAUCGAAAACAUUCAUUUUGAAUUUUGUAAUGAAAACAUUAUUAAAAAGAUCAAAGAUCUAGCAAAUUCAAAUAACUACCAAAAUAUUGUAAACUCACUUUCAGACUCAUUAGUCCGUUCAAGAAAUCAUAGCACUAAGGACAGAACUAUAUAUCCCUCUAUUAAAACAAAAUAUUUCGAAAGUGGGAAUGUUGAAAUGCCUGCUUCAUCAAUAAAUCAUGGAUCUAUUGAUAUAAUUAAUAAACAUAUUGAUGAUUUAUUUUUUGAAACACAAAAUUUCCCUAAUUCAUGGGUUCAAUGGAAACUAAAGCAAAAUUAUUCGAUUGAACCAACUGAAUACUUUGUUAGAACAUUUUCGAAUUGUGGAAAAUACAGUAGUAGCCGCCUUAGGUCAUGGAAAGUUGAAGGUACUACCAUUAGUGGAGAAACUAAAAUUAUUCAUGAAGUAGAUAAUUCACCACUAAGUAAUGGAGAAAUAAGAAUUUAUCCACUUAAAAUAAAUGAUAAAUUUAUAUCAUUCAAAUUAAUUCAAAUAGGCACAAGCUUGCUAUUAAAAUUCUGUAUAACGAUUCACGCCGAUAAAUUUAAUUUGAAUAGUAAUCUGACAAUGAGAUUAUCAGACUCAAAAGUCAAGAAAUAA